UUUCGUCGUCGUCGUCGUUGCGACACCUCCACCACCACCACCAGCACAGGGAGCCAUGGCCGCGAUGCUGGCAAGGUCACUCGCAUCGCCGCUGCAGCUGCUGCGGCGUGGCGGAGCCGCGGCGAGGCUGGCGGUCACGCGGGGACUGCGGCCCGGUCCGAGCGGAGCGCCUUGGGCGGCCCGGGCCGCGAUCAGCACGGCUUGCCACCUCAGGGCUGCUGCUGUGACAAAACCCGCACCCCACUUCAAGGCGACAGCUGUGGAUGAUGGGAAGUUCCGCGAGUUGUCGCUCGAUGACUUCAAAGGGCAGUACCUGGUCCUCUUCUUUUACCCUCUCGAUUUCACGUUCGUAUGCCCCACAGAGAUAAUCGCAUUCAGCGAGAAGGCCAACGAAUUUCACCAAAUCAACUGCCAGGUGGUGGGCGUAUCUGUCGACUCUCACUUCAGCCACUUGGCCUGGAUCAACACCCCGCGCAAGGCUGGUGGCUUAGGCCACAUGAACAUCCCUCUCCUUUCCGACUUCAGCAAGAAUAUCUCAAAGGACUACGGCGUGCUGCUCGAGGAAGCUGGCGUGGCUCUCCGGGGCCUGUUCCUCAUCGACCCCAACGGCGUAGUGCGGCACGCGAGCGUCAAUGACUUGCCCGUUGGCCGCUCCGUGGAGGAGACCUUGCGUCUCGUCAAGGCCUUCCAGUUUGUGGAGGAGCACGGGGAGGUGUGCCCGGCAAACUGGACUCCCGAAGCUCCAACGAUCAAGCCAAACCCUCAAGACUCACUGGAGUACUUUGAAAAAGUGAACUGAAGAAUUGAAACUGGAAUGUAGAGGUUCUCAUUGUCUAUAGCAAGACGUUAAUAUUGUUACAGCUUGAACUGAACUACAUUUGGUAGUCAGUCUUUAGCGCUUAUCGACUCAAAGUGUCUUCGAAUCCAAAAAAUGUAUUUUGAUACAAAUACGUGCUUUAUUAAACACGACCUGAACAUAGCAGUUGAAUUCAUCAUGUCGACAACUUCGCAAAUUACCAAUCUCUGCAACUUAAUAUCAGCGUAAUGUCUCUGUUUACCGAUGUGUGCAUCAUUACAGUUGACAGAAAAUUCUGCUUUAAUUUGGUUGACGAGAUGUGUGUGUGUGUGUGCAAACCUAUAAAGCACACGAUGAAUGAAU